UCCGUUUGCGCUUGACUCUCGGCGAGCUCAGCAGCAGCGAAUCGGGAAGUCAUAAUCAGAGUGCGCGCAGUGCCGGUUUAUCGCUCGCGAUCGUCGCCGCACGUCUACAUGGCGUCUCGUGCAGCACGUGCGUUCUUUGUUAAUUACUGGUGACCGUGUCAAUUGUCGAGUUACAACGAAUAAGCGCUGCGCAGCGUGGCAGCUGGACAAAAGCGCGUCUGGAUUGUUGGGGAGCCGAGUCGGUUUUUUUGCCGUUUAGUGGGAGCGCGCGACUGAAUGAAGAUGCAUUCAACGUCGAGACAACGGAAGGAACAAUCGAGUGUCGACAAAGAGAACGCGGAGCAGCUAAGCAAAAUGCCGACUGUUGAUGUCGUUGCUCGCAAAGUCACCUCGCCGAAUACCAAAUCGCGAAUCAACAGCGACGAUCGCUGGCCGCGAAUCAGAGGUCUGCGAGCCUCUGCUACCAACGUUCUGAACAAUGUGCCGAGGAGGCGAGUUCAAUCCUCGUGUGAUGCUGGCACGACAAAAGCCUUCGUGAAAACGCGGUUUACAGUGUACGACGAUGGAAAACCAAAAAGCAUUGCGCAGUCGACGGAAAGGCACGGCUUUUCGAAAACGAAAGACAUUGAAAAAUGGCUCCAAUCGGUUCACAACACAAAACAUGUACCCAGUAGCUUACCCCCUGUGGAAAAGCCCAAGGAUGAUAAAAAAUUGUCGAGCCAAACGUUCGAUAUCAAAGAGUCGCCGAAAAAUCUACCCAUGAUUACAAAGCCAGCUGUCUGCAAUAUCAAAGAAAAGCAUAAUAACAAAUCCCUUCAACGAAAAACUCCAAGAGCAGCUUACGAGCUUUUGUCAUUAGAGUUAGCCUAUAACAUAGACUACAUGACGGAGUACAUUCGAUUCCAAAUGGAAAUGAACGAAAAAAAGAAGCUUUCAUCGUCAUUCUUGAAAAGAGGAAUCACUGCUGAUCAGCGAAGACUAAUCGUAAAGUACUUGAUCGAUUCCACUACUUACUACAGGUGUCCGUCAUUUAUACUGUACCAAGCAGUAAAAAUCUUUGACUCUUACAUUGACAAAGUAAACGUCCAUCUUCAUGAGCUGCAAACCAUAGCUUUGGCAGCUCUGUGGAUUGCUCAGAAAAAGGAUUUAAUCAUCGACGACAUACCCGAGGCUGCGACAAUCAUGAAGCUUGCAGCUAGUACAUUCAAGGGCGAUCAAACGCCACUACUUGAGAGCGAGAAGAAAAUUUUAAUGUUGCUUCAGUUUGAAGUAAACUUUGCUGAUCCAUUUUCCAUGUUAGCUCUGUUCGCAAUUAUGAUUGAGGAAGUUCGCGAAUUACAGUCGUCGUCGAUCGAACAGUUAUAUUAUUGCGGUAGUUACUUGAUGGAUUUGUCAAUGUUGGACAACGAUUUGUGCGAUGUGUUGGCACUUCAUUUGGCGGAAGUCUGUACUGAAAUAGCGCUUGUUGUCAUCAUGACGAGCAGCGAUAAUAUCAAAAAUGCUCGAUGGAACCAUUGGCUCGCUAGAAUACGCCAAUCGAAUCCAGUACUUGAAAAAUACGUUUUGCCAAACAAUGAGGUGAUCUACAUAAGAAAUCGAUUACUACAGAUGGCUGUGCUAUCAAGGGAUAAAGGAAGAGAUUACUACUCCGUUUACAAGAAGUACUGCACGAAGAGAUACGGUGCGAUUUCGGUCUUCCUCACCUCUAAAAUUUCUUCACUCUUUGUGGCGAAAAUCGUCGAGCCCAGUAGUCAUAAUCGUCCAAUUGUAUUUUAAUCCAUUGAUGCGAUUUCAGUUUUAGACGCGGUGAUUCGUAUAAUAUUUUUUUUUUAAUUUUGUACAUAAAUAAUGUAAUUUCCUCUUCAAAAGAUGAUAUUACGCUUAGCUUUCGUUUAAUGCGAUAUUUUCUUCAUGAUUUACUUACUCAAUGAAAGAGAUUAAUUAAAAAAUAGAGCUAUUUUUACAUUAACAACACAUUUGCUUGAUUAAAUAUGAAAUGUCAUUUUAUUUAUCAGACUUGAUUGUGCAAUGAGAUUCGAUGAAAAUGCAAGAGCGUAAAAGCAGGCGCACGCAGUAAAAGAAAAAAACUGAAAGUAUAGAAAUCAGUAUUCAUAUUCUCGUUGCAAUGCCGCCCAUUGUUUCCAGCGAUUCCACGAGUUGUCGAUGGAUUUCAAUGUAAGCGUCUCGUCCUGAAACAAACGAUAUGUUGCGCUGAGCGUUGCGAGACCAGAGGAUUUAGAGCAGUAUUGUAAUAAGGCUGGUGAAAAGGUUUUGAUCAACGAACAAAGUGCGCAUUCCUGGUGAGGAUGAAUACACCAUUGCGCGAUAUUUCGGUGCGGAUCAAGAGUUACGAUCGAUUCAACGGGCUAGCGAAAUCA